ACGUCUCACGCGUCUCGAAACAAAACGUUGUUAGAGAGUUUCUACGAUUCCGGCGACCUCAUUGGUGGUGACACUAACUAUUAUACUUUUCUUUGCUUACACUCUUGACCGGCUUCGAUGGCGGACGGAAACGCCGCUUCGCGUUACGUGAAAUUGAGGAAAGAGCAGGCUCCUGUCGAAGAAGAUAUCACGCCCGGCGAACUCAAUCAGCCCAUUGAUGUUCCUCAGUUGAAUGUCCGAAAGUGCCAUGAAUGUAUGCAAGUUCUGCCUGAGACAUAUGAACCCCCUUCUGAUGAAAACUGGACCACCGGCAUUUUUGGUUGUGCUGAAGAUCCAGAAAGCUGCAGGACAGGUCUCUUUUGCCCGUGUGUACUGUUUGGGCGUAACAUUGAAGCUGUAAGGGAAGAGAUUCCUUGGACCCAACCAUGUGUAUGCCAUGCAAUAUGUGUUGAAGGAGGUAUGGCACUUGCAGCGGUAACAGCACUCUUCAGUGGCUACAUUGAUCCUCAAACAACAGUCGUGCUAUGCGAAGGCCUCUUCUUUGCUUGGUGGAUGUGUGGAAUCUAUUCAGGCUUGUUCCGCCAAGAACUCCAGAAGAAAUAUCAUCUCAAGAAUGCGCCUUGUGAUCAUUGCAUGGUUCACUGUUGCUUGCACUGGUGUGCUUUGUGCCAAGAACACAGGGAGAUGAAGAAUCAUCUUUCUGAUACAGAAGCUUCAUCAUCAACUACUAUGGAUCCUCCCCCAGUUCAAGAGAUGAACACCGAGGAGAAAAGAGACGCUUCAUCUUCUUCAUCUUCGUCCCCAUCAUCUGCCAAAAGCCAACACAAUGAUCUCGAGAUGGUCCCUCUAUAGGAAACGUUCCUUAUUAAUCUCUCUGCUGCUUAUGCUCUAUAAGCUGUUUUCUCUGUGCAGAGAAGCUUUUCCGUACCAGAUGAUUCUGCUGCCCUUAGGUUUAAAAUAUACAAAAGUUUGUUCUAAGAACAAGUUCAUUAGUAAUUAACUUUUUUUACAGAACUUAAUUCAUGACUUCAUUGAAUCUUUUUUGGUUGGGUGGGAGAAUUAUCUGUCUUUGAUAUAUUUUGUGAUUGAAUGCCGGUAAAACUGUUUCGUCUU